CAUGUAAACGCAAAUUCCUUUUAACACUACAAAUCUUUUGACAUGCAAUUCUGUGAUUAUGACCCUUGGCCUGCCCUGUAGUUUGGGAAAUUGGGAACCAAUACAGCAGCAGAAAUGGCUAAAGAAAGCGUCUUUUGUAUGGCAGCUUCAGCUUCCAAGCCCUGCCAGAUGGUUCUCUUGACAAGACCAAAGUUAUUUGCAUUUACUGUCGAUGUGACCUGAGUUACCACCAGAGUACAUCAAAUCUCAAAUACCUCUUGCUGGCCCAGCACACAGCUAAUGCAGACAGUCGUCCUCCCCCUCACCAAAGGCAAACCAUACUGGAUUGCAACGGAGAUGCCUGAACAACUCUACAAGCAGCAACAGCGAUAGCUAAAUGGGUGGCUACAGCUUGUGGUGAAUGAGGGUCCGCUUUAAAGAAUUUGCAUCACAUCCAAAGACUGCAGGUAUGAAUUGGCUUUGAAUGCCACCACCGUAACCAAGAUACAGAACUUGUAUGAAGAUGAGAAAGCUAAAGUGGAGGAGGCGUCGGGACAGACAAACAUGACUGGCUCACCAGGGACUACUGGACCUCUCUCAGUAAUCACAUGUUCCCUCAAGGUCCUUUAAGCAUGCCAGCACGAGGGUGGAGGAUGAGCAGGAAGGUGGGUCUGAGCACCAACUCCUCCCAGCUCACCCUGGAGGGAGAGCCCUUCCACAUCCUUGGGGGAUCCAUCCACUAUUUUCGUGUGCCCAGGGCCUACUGGAGGGACCGUCUGAUGAAAAUGAAGGCCUGUGGCAUCAACACUCUCACUACGCACGUACCAUGGAGCCUGCACCAGCCAGAGAGAGGCGUUUUCAACUUCCAUACACAGCUGGAUUUAGAAGCCUAUAUCAGUCUUGCUGCUGAAUUGGGAUUGUGGGUGAUUUUACGUCCUGGGCCCUACAUUUCCUCUGAGAUGGAUCUAGGAGGACUACCAAGCUGGCUCCUCCGUGAUGGCAGCAUGAGACUAAGGACAACUUACCCAGGCUUCACAGAGGCUGUCAACGCUUUUUUUGACAAACUUAUACCAAAAGUGGUUCCACUGCAGUUCAAGAAAGGAGGUCCCAUUAUUGCAGUGCAGGUUGAAAAUGAGUAUGGAUCCUUUGCAAAGGAUGAAAAUUACAUGAUUUUCAUUAAAGAGGCUUUACAAUCCAGAGGGAUCAGUGAGCUCUUGCUUACAUCAGACAACCACAACGCGUUAAAGUCAGGGGGUGUAGAUGGAGCCAUCAGAUCAGUAAAGCUGCAGAAGCUAAAUCAUAGAAAUCUCCAGGAUCUGCAUGCUCUCCAGCCCAAUGGCCCCACCAUGGUGAUGGACUAUUGGACCGGCUGGUAUGAUGUGUGGGGUGACCUCCAUCACGUGCUUCCCCCAGAGGAUAUGGUGUCCACUGUGAGGGAAAUUCUGAGGCGAGGCAUGUCUGUCAACCUAUACAUGUUCCAUGGAGGCUCCAGUUUUGGCUUCAUGAGCGGAGCACUUGCUUAUCCUUCCUACAAAGCAUUAGUCUCCAGCUACGAUUAUGAUGCUCCUUUGUCUGAAGCUGGGGUGUACACUCCAAAGUACCACCUCCUUAGGGAUUUACUCUCUCGAUACAACAGAGGUGAGAGUUUUCCUGACAUGCCAGCUCUGCAUAAUGCAGAGGCUUAUGAACCUGCUAUCAUGUACCAGCACCUGUCCUUAUGGGAUGCUUUGAGCUUCACUGAGGGGCCAUUUAAGUCACCCAAGCCAGUAAACAUGGAAAGUCUACCUGUGAACAAUGGAAAUGGCCAGUCUUAUGGAUACACCCUCUAUGAGACUACCAUCACAAGUGGAGGAUUUCUGAGGUCUGGAGACAAUGUUCGAGACCGUGCCCUAGUGUUUGUAGACAGAAGCUACAUCGGCCUUUUCAAGCACCAGAGCAUGGAGCUGGCAGUUCCUGAUGGUAAGGGAAAGCGUACUCUGAGUUUACUGGUGGAAAACUGUGGACGAGUUCACCAGGGAAGGGACCUUGACAAACAACAUAAAGGCCUUGUGGGAGACAUUUUAUUAAACAAUAUACCUUUGCGGGAUUUUAUGAUAUACAGCCUGGAUAUGAAACCCAGCUUUAUUGAGAGUCUUUAUCAUGCACCAUGGAAAACUGUCCUUCAAUCUCCCAGCUUCCCUGGGUUUUUCAUGGGGAGGCUGUUUGCAUAUGGGUAUCCAAGUGACACAUAUGUGAAGUUACCAAGCUGGGAAAAAGGUGUUGUGUUUAUCAAUGGUCUGAAUCUGGGCCGCUACUGGUCCAUUGGCCCCCAGCAGACUCUUUACCUCCCCAGUCCUUUUCUCAACCGUGGAAUCAACCAGGUCAUUGUAUUUGAGGAGCAAGAGGGAGACUACAAGGUCUACUUUGAAGAUACCCCUGAUCUUGGCAUGGCAGCAGACAUCCAGUGA